UCCUUUCUUACCUCUGUUCAAAAAAAGUCCCAACAUGGCCUCCACCAUAACCCGGUACAAGCUCGUGUUCCACGUGCCGCCAUCCGCGCUCGAGGCGUGCAAGGCGGCCAUCUUCGCGGCCGGCGCAGGCCGGGACCCCGCACGGUCAAGCAAGUACACCGAGUGCUGUUUCACAAGCCUCGGCACGGGCCAGUUCCGCCCCGGCGACGGCGCAAACCCGGCCAUCGGCACGGUCGGCGCGCUCGAGCACGUCGAGGAGGCGAAAGUCGAAACGCUGUGUAUCGGGGAGGAUGUGGCUAGGAAGGCGGUUGCUGCGCUCAAGAAGUAUGUUGUCCAUUGCAGGUGGUGUCUCAAUCAGGGCAAUUAAACAU